ACUGGGUGGUUUUCUUUAUUUAAAUUAUUUUAAGUUAGAACUAAGUAAAUAUUAGAUAAUAGUAAACACUAAACACUAAACAAUUUUUAAUUAGAUAAUUUACGUGUUAGGAAAUAAUAAAUUCUAGAAAUUAAACACAAUGAAGAUUACUGUCACAACACACGACGACAACUUGAUUGUACUUGACGUAAGCGAAGAUUUAGAACUAAUCAAUUUCAAGGCACUAUGUGAAGUAGAAACUGGAAUUCCAUCACAGGAGACUGGACUAACACACAAUGGUCAGCUUUUGGUUGACGAUUUUAGUACAAUGAAAAACUUAGGUGUUCGUGAAGGAGAUGUUAUCAUAAUUCAAAGAGUUGCAAGUAGCGCUACUGCAAUGGAUCACUCAUUUAGCAGUCCAAGCAAUAAUAUGUUACCACAAUUUGACUUUAGCCGUAUUCAAGUGCCUGGUUCGUCUAAUAGCAAUAACCCAGGCACCAACAGACAACACCAAAUGCAGGAUGCAGAAUAUGUUAGGAACUUAUUUCUCUCCAGUCCAGAACAACUAGCUCUUCUUAAGCAAAAUAAUCCCAGACUUGCAGAUGCCUUGUCCUCAAAUAAAAUUGAAGAAUUUUCAAAAGUCAUGGCUGAGCAAAUGGAAGAACGAAAAAAGCGUGAAGACCAAAGAAUUAGAAUGAUGAAAGCUCAUCCGUUUGACUCUGAAGCACAAAAGUUAAUAGCAGAAGAAAUACGUCAAAAAAAUAUUGAAGCUAACAUGGAAGCCGCUAUGGAAUAUAAUCCAGAAAUGUUUGGAACAGUUGUCAUGCUUUAUAUCAAUUGUAAAGUGGAUGGAUAUCCUGUGAAAGCUUUCAUUGAUUCCGGAGCUCAAACUACUAUAAUGUCAUCUGCUUGUGCUGAACGAUGCAACAUCAUGCGUUUAGUUGAUAGUAGAUGGGCUGGGUUAGCUAAAGGUGUUGGUGUACAGAAAAUUAUUGGCAGGAUACAUAUGGUCCAAGUUGCAAUUGAAAAUGAUUUUUUAACAACCAGUUUUUCUGUUCUUGAAGAUCAGCCAAUGGACAUGCUUCUUGGAUUAGACAUGUUAAAAAGACAUCAAUGUUGCAUAGACCUAGAACAUAACGUCUUGAAGAUUGGAACAACAGGGACUGAAACUCCAUUUUUGCCUGAAAAUGAAUUGCCAGAUUGUGGCCGUUUAACUACAUCUAGUGAUCAUGAUGGAUCUAAAAAUGAAGAAAAAGAACUAAAAAAAGCUAUAGAUGAAAGUAAAAGAAUGAAUCAAAGUAGCGACAAGCGGAGAAGAGAUGCCUACUUUGUCCAAGUUACAAAUUUCCUAAUAUUUCCAGGUGGUAGCAGUAAUUCUAGUCAAUCAUUUAAAGAAACUGAUAUUACAGAACUGAUCAACUUAGGAUUUUCUAGAGAGCAGGUUAUUCAAGAAUUAAAAAGAUUCAAUGGAAAUAAAAAUGAAGCAAUGGCAUCCUUAUUUGCAAAAAUAUUAAAAUUUUGACAGUUGUCAGAAGUUUUUAACAAAAUUAAUAUAAAAUAUUCUUCCUCUUCGAGACUGUUUUUAUUUUUCAGUCAAUUUUAGUUUUAAUUUUUAAAACUUGUAUUUCAUUAUUUUUAUUAUUUUUUGGCUGAAUUUUGUAUCUAUUAAUAAAAAUAAUUUAACAUUACCUUUUUAAAUGAAACUUAUAAAUACCUUAAGAAAAAUGAUGAAACCAAGUUAUAAUAUUUUUGAUUACAUUUAGUGUCUGAUUGAUAUAAAGUUGAUGUUAACCAUUUAAAAUUCUAAUAAAAUCAUUUGAAUAAAAGGUGUUUAUGAGUUUCUAAUAAAAUCCCUCUAGUAUUUUUUCCCCUUGGUUAAAUGUUAACUUCUUUGUAUUUAGAGACUGUAUUUAAAAUAUAAAGACCUAUUGUCUAUUAUUUACACAAUUACAUAAGUGCAUUAAAGGUGUUAAGUUUUCGUUCGGUUUAUGUAGACUUAUAUUUAAAUUAAAUAAUAACAAAUAAAUAAGGUUUGGGAUUAUUAACCACAAUGCUAAAAUAUUGAAUGUAGUUUUUGCAUUAAGUACCUAAAAUAUUGUGUUCAAAAUAAAAUAUGCAUGUGUAUAAAAUAAAAAUAAUAAUUAAAAA